AUGACUUUUAAUAAAAUAUCUAUGAAAUAUGUAGCUUCCUACAGACACGAAAUGCCUGAACCUCGCCCAAAGUGUGUGAAAAAGACGCUGCACGCUGGCCGAGGGUCACCGCCAGAAUAUCGCACCGGUACGAAAGCAGUUUUUCACUAUGAGACGUUGAAACCGAUAGAUGUGGUGAAACCAGAGGUUGGAAUGCCGGAAAACAGAGAUGAUUAUGAAGUAAUUGACAAUACAAGACGACCAUGGCCAGAUGGAUAUGGCAAGCCUUUGGAGCUGAUAUUUGGCAAAAAAUUCCAACUGCCUGUGUUUGAAAUAUGUUUACGCUCGAUGUUAGUCGAUGAGGUCUCGCAAUUCGAUGUAGAACUGACCGAGCUCUGUACAUAUCCGAUGGUGUCGAAGAAAUUGCGAGAUCUGUCCAAACCACACGAUAAAGGUGGCGACCACUCUCAUGACUCACACAUGUGUGCAGCUGCUCUGACGGCUGGAACCGGCUAUGCUGCUUUGGACGAGUUGAUGCGAGAUCCACGACCGCUGAGGUUCAUAAUUCAUCUGUUAUCCGUGAUUCAACCUGAAGAAUAUGAAGCCGAGAGCUGGCAGUUAGGCACAGAGGAAAAGUUGGAAUCUGUGGAAACAUUACGAUUACAAGGAAACCAGUUGUUCGCUCAGAAGAAUUUCAAUGAAGCGAUAGACAAAUACAGAGAGGCGUUGGGUCGUCUAGAUACUCUGAUCUUGAGAGAAAAGCCAGGAGAACCCGAGUGGGAAGAACUCGAUCAAAAAAAUGUCUCCUUGUAUUCGAACCUCUCGCAGUGUUAUCUAAACGUUGGCAAUAUGUACGAAGCUGCGGAAACAGCAAGCGAGGUACUCUCUAGGGAUCCCGACAACGAGAAAGCGCUUUACAGAAGAGCAAAGGCACGGAUAGGUUGCUGGCAACUGAAUGAAGCCGAGGAGGACUUGAAAAAAUUGGCGGAGUUACCGAACACCAAACACUUAGUACAGGUCGAACUUGCAAUUCUGGCUCAGAAGAGGGCUGAAUUGGCUGCCAGCAAAAAGCAGACCUAUUCCAAGAUGUUCAAGUAG